AUGGUAAGUUUAAUUUUAGAUAUUAUUUUAAUUUGUUUUAGAUCUUGUAUAAUCAUAAAAGCAUUUUCGCUAUUUUCUUUUUUACUUUUUUAGAUUAAAAUGGACAAAGAUUCGGAUGAGGUUGAAGGUACGAACGCGAGCGACAAUCGCACAAAGAAACGACAAAACGAUUCUGGAAGUUCUACUAUUUGGAAGGUUUUUAACGCUAAGAAGGAAUGUUUGAUAAAUGGUUGUUCGUACGUCAGUAAAGACAAAACCUCGUCCACAAAAGCAAUGUGGGAUCACGUACGAUGUAAACAUAACGAAACUUUUACCAAAUUGAAGGAACAAUGUAACUCACAUGACGAAUUACCAACGAAGAAGCAAUGUUCAGUAAGUUUGUUUUCUUGAAGUUUAAUUUUGUUUUUAGAUUUCAAAUUAUUUAGUAAAAAGAAGGAAUCACGAUUUUCAAACAUCCAGAGACAAUCACUUGGUUAAAACCAUUCUCUCAAUGAGAUGUGCUCUUCGGCAUUUAGAUUCUGACUUUUUACACGUUAUGGCCGAUUCGCACUUUCCAAAUACUAAAAAAUAUGGAAAAGGGCACUUUACGGACAUCGUUAUUCCUCGUAUGGUUGCUGAUAUCAACAGCCUUAUCAGGACUACUAUAGGAAAAGGAAAAUUUACGAUUACUUCAGAUGGUUGGAGCUCUGGAGAGAGAUCUUUUCAAUGGUAAGUUUUCGUGUAAAUUUUACGGUGAACUAAAUUUUACUUAAGCAAGUAUUUCUAUGGAUGUUAUAGAAACUUAAAAUAUUAUAAAAAUUAACUUUAGUUUUUUGUUUUAGUUUGACUCUCCAUACGGUGGACCAACAGUACAAACGAAAAAACUUUGUAAUUGGAUGUAAAAGUUUUGGAACGGAUGUGAAAAUUGGUGCUAACAUCGCCGAAAAGGUAUUGGAAAUAUGUGAAGAUUACGGCUUUGCAAAAAAUCAAAUUUUAUGUAUGGUUAGAGACGAUGCUGCUAAUAUGAAGAAAGCUUCAAAGAUUAUUGAUGUCAAAAGGUAAUAUAUAUACAUGUAUUAAGUUGAUAAUUUUUUAGCUUUCAAUGUGUGUGUCAUUUGUUAAAUUUGGUCGUUUCGCAAGCCAUAAACGCGUCAACUGGAAGCGUCAGUGAAGUGGUUGCCAAAGCUAGAGAGUUCGAAAAACUUUCAAGACAGUUUGAAAACAAAAAUAAGUUCAAGGAAGCGCAUGAAAGGCUUAACGUACCUUUUACAAAGAUUCCACGGGUAAGUUUAAAUUUCAAGUUAAAUAUUACAUAUAUGUUAAAUUUUAUAGAUGACUGUUUCGUUUUCUAAUGUUACAAUGGCUGUAAACGGAUGAAACUAAUCGUUAAUGUUUUCAGGAAAUAGUGACAAGGUGGAACUCGACAUACAUGAUGCUUCAAUCUUUGUUGGCCAAGUUUCAUGUCGUCAUAACAAUGAAAUACAAUAAAUUUCUUCAAAAGGAUCAAAAUCAGCUAUUGGUAAUCGUAAAAAUACUAAAGAAGUUUCAUGAACUUACAGUAAUGUUUUCUGAAGACGAUGCAACAGCAUCUGCUGUUCUGCCAUUAUUAAAUGGACUGGCCGACUAUUUUCAAUUAACGCAUGAAAAAUUAAAAACGUAAGUCGUUUUGCUUAAACUGUCAUUUAAGUUUGAUAUCUGUUGCUAUCCGUUUUUUUAAAUUUUUUCUGUUUUAGGCAAGAAGAAUUCAAAGAUGUUGUUAACUUUAUUGAAGACUUAUGGGAAAGAUUGACAACGAGAAUGGAGAAUAUACAAAAUAAAGAAAUAAUGAUUUCGGCUCAACUAAUUGAUCCACGUUACUCUCAUCAACUAUCCGCUAAUACAGCCAAAAUUGGAGUCAGUUAUAUCAAUAAGAUGUUAAAAGCUGGAGUGGAUAAUGCGACAGAAGAAAACGAACCAAAUUUGGAUGAUCUUGAAGAAGAAAGCCAAAGUUCCCUUGAUUUGUCUUUUUUAGACGAUGAUUUAAUCACUACUCGUCAAAAACACGUAUAUGUUUCUAGUACUCAGGAAGAAACAAUUCAGGUAAUAUUUUAUUAUUUUUUGUUUAGUUGUUAGAUUUAUGUGACACAGAAAUAUGAUGAAUUACAGAGAGAAUACAACGACUUGAGGACCUGUGGGCACGAUGACAAUCCGUACAAAUUUUGGGAAAAGAAUGAGAAGCGAUUUUCUACGCUUGCUGUAGUUGCACGUGAACUCCUCUCAGUACCGCCGUCUUCCGUACCAAGCGAACGAUUCUUUUCCCACACAACUAUGUUAUUUGCAGACCACCUAAAGUCACGACUGUCAAACGAAAUGGCCGAGGAGAUUUUGUUACUGAGAUGUCAAUUGAUACAGCAAAAAGAUGUGAAUUCGGAAAUUUUUCGAUUUUGA